AUGGAUCCUGCUACUUGUUUUACUGAAAAGCUUCUAGAUUAUGCAAUAAAAGCUGUGGGACGGCAACUUGGGUAUAUGAUUUUCUACCGCAACAAUAUUUCUGAGCUAAGGAAACAAAUAAAUAAUCUCAAUGAAAAACAAGAAGCUGUGCAACAUUCAAUCGACGAGGAUAGAAGAAGCGGUGCAAGAAUUGAAACGCAAGUUGAAAAUUGGAUGAGUGGAGUGGAUGAGAUAAAAACACUAGCAGAGCAGUUCUUUGAUGAAGAAAGCCAAUCGCAAACUAGAUGUAGCAGAACUUCAUGCCCAAAUCUAUGCUCAUGUUAUCAGCUGCGUAGAAGAGCAAAGAAAAUGGCACUGGAAGUUGAAAAACUUGCAAAGAAACAAUUCGACAGGGUUUCAUAUUUUCCUUCUCCAAAAUUCACGCACUCAAUAGAUGACAAAAUGAGUGAAGGGCUUGAUUCAAGGCUGCUAAUUGUAGAUCAAAUUAUGGAGGCUUUGCGGAAUCCGAGUGUUAAUAUGAUCGGAUUGUGCGGGCUUGGUGGCAUUGGCAAGACCACAAUAGCUAAAGAAGUAGCAAAGAAGGUGGAGAAUGAAAAGAUAUUUGGAAAGGUGAUCAUGGCAACUGUUUCUAAAGAUAUGAAUAUUGUAAACAUUCAAAGUCAGAUUGCUGAGAUGUUGGGUAUGCAACUCAAUCAAAAUACUAUAGAUGUAAGAUCUUCUCGUCUGCAUGAGAGCUUGAAGCAUGCGAAGAAUAUGCUCCUAAUAUUGGAUGAUCUUUGGGAGGAACUUGAUUUGGGCAAAGUAGGAAUUCCCUUUACUAGGGAUGAAAAUAAUAACAAAAAGAUUGAAGGUUGUAAACUUCUACUAACUUCAAGAGAUGAAACACUACUUUUAGACUUAAUGAAAUGUGAAAAGAUCAUCAGUGUGGAUGUUAUGCCAGAGGAUGAAGCACAUGAGUUGUUCAAGAGGAUUGCUGAAAUUUCUAUUGAAUCAAGCAAUCCUGAUUUGAUGUCUAUAGCCGUUGAGAUUGUUCGAAUGUGUAGAGGCUUGCCGCUAGCAAUUGUUUCAGCUGCAAAAGUGCUGAGGAAAAAAGAUUUGGAUGUAUGGGAAAAUGCCCUUGCACGAUUGAGAAAUCCUUUACGGAGAAACUUAACAGGAAUUAGAGAGAUCGAUUCCGUUUUAAAACUAAGCUAUGAUGAUUUGAGCUCAGAGAACAAAAGUAUUUUCUUGCUUGCUGCCAUGUUGUCUCAUGACCCCUUAAUUAAAGACUUGCUCAUGUACUCCAUGGGGUUAGAUUUUCUCGGACACGUCGAGAACAUGGAAAAUGCUCAAGUUGGAAUAUUUGCUGUUGUAAGCAGGCUAAAAUCUUUGAAUUUAUUACUUGAUAGCUUUUCCAGUCAUCAUUUUACAAUGCAUGACGUUGUUCGGGAUUUUGCCCUAUCAGUUGCAUUUAAUGAUCUAAAUGCAUUCAUUGUGAGAGACACAAGGUUAAAUGCAUGGCCAGAAGAAACAGUGCUAGAAGGCUAUAGGGGAAUAUCCUUGGAAAAAAGUGACAUUGGUGAUCUUCCAGAGGAGUUACUUGCUCCAAGGUUAAAAUUCUUCUUAUUAAAUAGUAAAAGCUGUGAUUUGGCCAUAUCAGAUACCUUCUUCAAAUCUACAAAAGAACUUAAACUAUUGAGUUUUAACAAUGUGUGCUUUUCAUCAUUGUCAUUUCUUAAUUCUCUAAAAAAGCUCAAAACCUUGUGCCUCCACUCUUGUCUGUUGGAAGACAUGACUCAGGUUGGAAGCUUGAAACAGUUAACAAUCUUGAGUCUUGCUUACUCUGAAAUUGAACAGCUACCAUUUGAAUUGGCGAUGUUGACUUCAUUACAAAUGCUAAAUCUAGCCCAUUGCUCCGAACUCAAAGUGAUUCCACCAAAACUCCUAUCUAGCUGGAAAAAAUUGGAGGUUCUGAGCAUGGAAGAAAGCUUUAAGCAGUGGGAAGCCAAAGGAUCUAGUGAAGGUAAUGAAAAUGCAAGUCUUGUUGAGUUAAAGGACUUGCCAAUCUCUUCUCUAGAUAUUCAUAUUCCUGAUCCCUCUAUUUUGCCAGAGAACUUGUUCUUAGAUAUGAAAUUGAAGAGAUACAAAAUAAUCAUUGGAGACGAUUGGGGUUGGUAUUGCAAUUAUGAAACUUCAAGGACGUUGAAACUUGAGCUAAAUAGAAAUAUCCAUUUAAAGCAUGGGGUUUGGAAGUUAUUAGAAAGAGUUGAAUAUUUGCACUUGCGUGGAUCCAACGGACUAGAAAAUGUUCUUCACAAUAGAUGUCCAUGUUUAAGGCAUCUUCGGAUUGAAAGAAAUUGCGAUGUUGAAUAUAUUGUUUUGAGCUCCACCCAUCAAGAAGUUGCCCUUCCAAUGCUUGAAACUUUGAUCCUUGAAAAGUUGAGUGUGCUGAAGAAGUUAUGUCAAGGACCAAUUGCUCCCGCCUUCCGAAACCUGAAAGUAAUCAAAGUGGAAGGUUGUCGACAGUUGAAGUGGAUUUUCUCAGCUUCAAUGAUUGGAUCAUUUUCGCAGCUUGUUGAGAUUAAAAUUAAAGAUUGUGACUCCUUGAAAGAGGUUGUGACAUCUGCGAUUGAAGGCUCAUCUGAUCAGCCAGAAUUUGCUAAUGACGUCAUUGUUUUCAAGAAGUUACGCACUUUGAAGAUGGUUGGAUUGCCAGCUCUUAUAGAUUUCUGCAUCAAGGGUAGAGCAGCAAACAACCAUUGUAAUAAAACUUCGAAAUCACUCUUCAACGAUGAGGUGUUAUUUCCGAUGUUGGAGCUACUGGAACUGUCAAAUUUAGACAAUUUGACUUCAUCUAUAUGGAAUGAUCAGCUUUUCGACAGCUCGUUUGGUAACUUGAAAACACUGGAUGUGGGGAGCUGUGGCUUUGUGGUAUUAGUGCCCUUCCAAGUUCGAAGAUCCUUAUAUAGUUUGGAAGAAGUAGUGGUGACAAAGUGUGAGAAGUUGGAGGUGGUGUUUGACUUAGAAGAUUUGAAUGAUGGUAAGGAGAGACAGUCAUCUUCAAUAGUCGUGCCGUUGAAGAAGUUAAGCUUACGAAGUUUGCCAAAACUGAAGAUCGUGUGGGGCAAUCACCAUAGAGAAAAUGUUUCCUUCCAAAAUCUAAGCCAGAUUGAUUCAAAAUAUCUUUUGCUCUGCUGCAAUAAGGAUUAUCGAUUUUCAUACAACUUGUUUAGUAACUUGAAAGGGCUAGUUGUGGAUGGGUGUGUCUUUGUAAUAUUAGUGCCCUUCCAAGUUCUAAGUUCCUUACACAGUUUGGAAGAACUACAAGUUAAAGACUGUAAGGAGUUGGAAGUGGUGUUUGAUUUAGAAGAUUUGAAUGAUUAUAAAGAGAGACAAUCAUCUUUAGUGGUUGCGCCAUUGCAGAAGUUAAGACUAUUGAGUUUGCCAAAACUGAAGAAUGUGUGGAGCAAUGACCACCGAGGAAAUGUCUCCUUCCAAAGUUUAAGGCAGAUAAAAGUUAAAAAUUGUGACAGCUUGACGAGUGUGUUUCCUGCAUCUAUAGCCAAAGGCAUGCUUCAUUGUCUUGAGCAACUUGAAGUACGAAAUUGUGCUGAUAUGGAAGUAAUUGUUGCAAAGGAUAAAGUUUCAGAAUCUCUUGAUGCUGCAUUUGUGUGUCCUAGGCUGACUUCCCUUGAGCUUUUUGGGCUUCCAAAUUUGAGGAACUUCUAUGCACAAAGAUACAAAUUAGAACGGCGCCACCUUGACGGUUGUGGUGACACAGAGAUAUUUGAAAAGGAGGUCUCAAGUUCAUCAAAAAUACAUGGGAAAGAGAGUACAAUAGACUCAACAUAUCCUCUGCUCUCCUGCAACAAGGAUGAUCGAUUUUCAUACAACUUGUUUAGUAACUUGAAAAAGCUAGUUGUGGAUGGUUGUGGCUCUGUCAUAUUAGUGCCCUUCCAAGUUCUAAGAUCCUUACACAGUUUGGAAGAACUAACAGUGAAUAAGUGUGAGGAGUUGGAGGUGGUGUUUGAUUUAGAGGACUUGAAUGACUGUAAAGAGAGACAGUUAUCAUCAGUGGUUUUGCCCUUGAAGAAGUUAAGCUUAUGGAGUUUGCCAAAAUUGAAGAAUGUGUGGAGCAAUCACCACCAUGAAAAUGUCUGGUUCCAAUGUCUAACCCAGAUACAUGUUUCUCUUUGUGACAGCCUGACGAGUGUGUUUCCUGCAUCUAUAGCCAAAGGCAUGCUUCAUUGUCUUGAGCAACUUGAAGUACGAAAUUGUGCUGAUAUGGAAGUAAUUGUUGCAAAGGAUCAAUUUUUAGAAUCUCUCGAGGCUUCAUUUGCGUGUCCUAGGCUGACUUCCCUUGAGCUUUUUGGCCUUCCAAAUUUGAGGAACUUUUAUGCACAGAGACACAAAUUAGAAUGGCGCCACCUUGACGGUUGUGGUGAAACAGAGAUAUUUGAAAAGGAGGUGUCAAUAAACUCAAAAUAUCCUCUGCUCUCCUGCAACAAGGAUGAUCGAUUUUCAAACAACUUGUUUAGUAACUUGAAAAAGCUAGUUGUGGAUGGGUGUGGCUUUGUGAUAUUAGUGCCCUUCCAAGUUCUAAGAUCCUUACACAGUUUGGAAGAACUAACAGUGAAUAAGUGUGAGGAGUUGGAGGUGGUGUUUGAUUUAGAGGACUUGAAUGACUGUAAAGAGAGACCAUCAUCUUCAGUGGUUGCGCCAUUGAAGAAGUUAAGACUAUCAAGUUUGCCAAAACUGAAGAAUGUAUGGAGCAAUCACCACCAAGGAAAUGUCUCCUUCCAAAGUCUAAGGCGGAUAGAAGUUGAUAAUUAUGACAGCCUGACGAGUGUGUUUCCUGCAUCUAUAGCCAAAGGCAUGCUUCAUUGUCUUGAGCAACUUGAAGUAUGA